AUGAGUUUCUGUAGAGUUCGACUUCAACUUGCCAGAAAUGUGAAAAUGAGAUUAUUGGAUGCUUAUCUUGCUAGGAAUCAACAGUUUCAGCCACUGAUUAUACAAAUACUUCAACCAUAACAAAUUAAUUUGUUACCUGUAAUAUGUGUGGAGAUGGAUUUUAUCUAUUGCCUUGAAAUGUUUUCAAUGGGUACUUUCCGAAUUAUUCCUAGUGUGUUCCAGAUUGCACUUAAGCACACUCCUCUUAUGUUAAUAAUGAGAUAACAAGAACUUGUGCAUGGUGCGGAGAACAUUGCUAAUCUUGUAAUUCUAAACAUGGGUGCCAAAAAUGUAAUGGAGUGGAAUAGCAAAAAGGAUGGGUUAAUGGCGAAUAAUAGCCGCAUGCUUGUACUGAAUGUGGAGAUCCUAUCAAUUAAGUCCUGCUAAGAUCUUCUUAACUUGUUCUAGAUAAAGCUAAUGGGCUCAUCACUUAGUGUCGUAAUUUCAAAUUUUAUCCACAACUAAAUAGGUGAGAACAUUCAGCCAGACAUGAAAAAUGACACAAACUUAAAGUUCAUACAUGGAAUUGCUCCCAAUGCUAUGAUGAAUACUUUCUCAAGUAUUCUUAUAACUCGACAUAUGAUUGCACUUAGCAUGAUUAAUUUCAUGAAGGUGUCUCUAGAUGCAAAUUUAGUUCUCCUACCUAAGUCUCAGAAUAUGUUGGCUGUCGUGAUGGAUAUGUUACUAAUUAAUUUACUUGCUCUCCAACUUGUGAUGCUGGAUAAUAUGGGAUCAAAAGCUACAGAAUGCAAAUCCUGCAAAAAAGGCUAUUACUUAUAAUUAACCAACAGAAAAUUACAAGUUGGAUCUUGUGUUUUAAAGACAAAUAGUUUUUUGUAACAGUCAAUCUACGUUGGCACUGCUAUUGAUUUCUAGCAAUAAAGUAUUGAUAACACUCAAGGAACUUACAAUGCCCCUUUUUCCUCUUUAGUUGAUGCUAUUGAAAAAGCUUAUGAGCUAGGAGCACCAUAUACUAGUGCAGAAAUUACAAUUUUACUUAGACUUGGUAUUUAUUCUCUAUCACCUCAUGCAAUGGUCAGAUACUAUCCGGUUGAUCAUUAUAUGCCUUGGAAUUUAGAUUAGUUCUCGUAAACGACUAAAAUUAUAAUUAGACCAGAUUUGCCUGGAGUUACCGCAAAAAUAUUAUACAAAUUAAGGGAUACUUUCAGAUUUCUAGUAGGAGGAGGUCUAACAAUACAAAAUUUGAGAUUUGAUGCUAUCGAUUCAACUAUUGAUAUGACAAGAGAUUUUGACUCAGGUAAUCUCUGCUCUUAGGACUUCGCUGUAAAUUGCUGUGGUGUGAGUAGUGAUGGGACUGAAGAGUGUUAUGGAGCAUUUGGUACCAAUUUCUUUGAAUUCGAUAUUACUGAAAGAACUAUGAGAACUUAGCCAUCAACUCUUGUACUAGAAAAUGUUGUGUUUGAAAACUAUGUCUACGAAUACAACAGUUUCAUUGAACUUAACAAAUUUGGUGGUCAUGUAAUUAUGAAGAAUGUUACUUUUGACAAUAUGAAUUCUUGCGGCGCAAUCAUCAGAAAUAAAAGAUCUUUUGUCACAUCUAGUCUACCUAUGACUACUUUCUCAGAAGUUUACAGAGCAAGAUCUAGUUCUUAUCAAUAUGAUUUGUAGCAGGCUAAGUAUACAUUUUCCAAUGGAUUCAACCCGUUCUCUUCCAACUGCUCAAAUACUAACUAUUUUACUUUGAAUAAUUGCUUUUCCACAAAGAUAGAAGAUUCAACUUUCUCAAACUUUGGUAAAAUGAAAAAUUUAUCAACCUAUCCUACAACUGUCGAUCCAAAUCAUAAAUUAUAAUACCAAGGAUUGAUCUUAGAUCUCAAAACUUUUAAUGGCCCAAUCAUUUUGCUGAAUAAUACUUUCACCAAUAACAUAAUCAAGUAUGGAUCAUGCAUGAUGGCUGAAUAUAUUAAAACUUAUUAGGCUAAUCCGACAGACAAGUAUCCUACUUUAGGCACAAAAACUAAGUUUUAAAUGAAAUCCUGGAUAAAUAUAGAAUGGCAAAGGGAUUGGCCUAUCGAUAUAAUAAAAAACAACUUUACAAACAAUACUUCAGUCUAAGGUAUCAUUUACAUAGAGUUGCAUGCCAGAUCUAAAAACAGUAGACUUAUAAUUGCUAGAAACUCCUUUACAAGAAAUGCAGGCUAUAUUGAUGUCAGCACAAUAAAUAUUAGAUCUAGAGCUACAGCUGAACAAAAUCUUUCAACUCAUAUCCCAAAAAAUAAUAAUAUGUACUGCUCAGGGCAUCUAAUUGAUUCAAAUUAUUUUACUCAAAAUUAUGGAUGUGCAAAUAAAGCAGGAGGAGUAGUCAAAUUUUAGUGCUAUGAUUAUUACCAAGCUGAGAUAGAUGCUAUAGGAACACUAUAGAAUAUAGAUCACUAUUCAACAAUUUAAAACUAAUUUUAUGCAAUUGACUUCAAUUCUUUCAGUCCCUUAAUUAGUACUUCAGUUACUUACUAUGGAAUCGAAUACAUUUUUGACAUACUUUGGGUAAUUUUUAGAUCCAAUGUAUUCAUUAAGAAUUUUGCAACAAAUAACAAUGCUAUACUUCAUAUAUUUGGAACUCCUAGAGUGAAGAUGGAUAAUAGUACAUUUAUCGGUAAUGGUGAUGCUUUUAGGGAGGUCACUGAUAGUCUUGGUAAAUACAUAAUUGCCAGCAGUGAGAUUACAAUAGAGUCUACAGGCUCUCAAAUGUAUAAUAAUAAUAUCAAUGAGUAGGCUAUUGGCCCAAUAUACAUCCAGAGAUUAGGAUAGUUAGUUUUUACAAAUAAUAAAUUUGAAUCUAACUGGUUGUUUGAGUAAUAAUACAACAGCAAGAAAGCAUCAAUUUUAUACCUUUAAACAAUGAAUGGCUAAUUAACGAUUGAUGGAUUAGAAGUUUAUAACUACAGCAGUGUAUAUGACAAUUAGUAUGGUCCAUCUUCUUUUGGAAUCAGUGAACCUAGUUAUAGUGGUAGAGAGUAGGCUUUUAUUCAUCCUUUGAUUAGAUUUGAAUCUAGUCACUUUAAAUUCAUAGAUUGCUUUAAAACAUCAACAACAUUUAGAAAUGUGAGAUUUUAAUAGGUGUAAAAUGAUGAAAAUUAAUACUUGCUUAUUAAUAUGAUAACCUUGGGUUUGGUGUCCACAAAUGUUUUUUACAAUCACAUUACAUCUUUUGCUAUCAAUAACUUCUAUUUCAAAGAUGUAGACUGCUUUAAUUGCUAAAAGACUGUCAUAAGUUUUUCACAAUUAUCAAUGACUAUCACUAACAUGACAUUGAUAAAUAUCAACUCUAAUACCCAAAAAAAUUUGAGAUAUUAAUAGUCGGCAUUCAUGGAGAUAGUUGUGAGGAAGCCAUAUUUAGAUUCUAAUAGUGCACUUAGAACUGAGAAGUUAACGAUUGAUGGGCUUAAUGUAUAAAAUUUUCUAUCAUCAGACACUUCAAAGAUUUUUUAUAUUUACUAGGAUACGAUUUCAACAGCUUAGACUCCAGCAGUAGAUCAAAUUAUUUUUAAAAACAGCAAUAUAUAGGGCUACUAUUCUCCUAAAUUCGGAGCAUUUUUAAUGGAUUCUGACAGCUAAUAUAUAAGAUUUGAGAAUACAUCAUUCAGGAAUAUUUCAGUCGCAUACAACUAAGUUUAAGGACAAGAGUAUAGUGCUAUUAGAAUAAAUAAUGCAAGGAAACUUGUUUUAGAAGCAGUUUCAGCCUCUGACAUCUACAACAAAGCAACGUAAUUAACUAGUGGACUCCUUGAUGGAUGUGGGAGAUUAGUAUGUGUAGUUUCUACUUAAAAUUUUGAUCUUGUUGUCAGUAAAAAUACAUUAAUAGGUACAACUGACGGCACAUUAAUUAAUAGAGAAUCAACAAUUCUUGGAUAAUUGACAAGCAACCAAUUUACCUAACCAGCAAUGAUUGAAGUUAGAUUGACUUCUAAUAAUUUCAAUGGCUAAAUUGUAGACUCAUAGUUCAUCAAUUGCACAACUGCCUAUUAAGGCAGCACAAUAAACAUAGUUACUACAGGUUCUAAGACAAUAGACUAUUAAUCUUCAGUAUUCAAAAAUAAUGCUGCUCUGUAUGGUGGAGCAAUAUACUGUUCAAAAUGUAGUCUAACUUUUACUAAUUUAACUUUUGACUCCAAUACAGCUAUUGAUGGGGGAGAUAUCUACAUUGAAUAAAAUGCAAUCUAGACAAUUAGUUUUAAUUCUUUAGUAGCGAAAAAUAGUUACUCAACAAAUAAUGGAGGUUCAAUAAUAAUUAAUGAUGUUAGAGAACUUUCAUAUAUUGUGAAUAUAAAGCAGACAACUGGUAUAAACUCGACAUUUACAAAUAUAUAUUCUGGAGGAGAGGGAGGUGUUUUGAAUUUUGCCUCACCUUCAAAUCUUGACUUGGCAAUUGAAGGUAGUUAUUUCGAUACAAUAAAAACUAUUAAAAGUGGAGGUGCAGUAAUGAUAUCAAAAAUUACAGCAAAUAAUCAGAAUUUGAACAUUAAUGUAAUCGAUUCUAAGUUUAGAGUUAUCGAAGCAUAAGACAACGACGGAGGUGUUUUUCAUUUAUCAGCCUUAUCAAAAACAUCAACAAUUAGCAUAUAAAAUUCAGAUCUAAACCAGAUAAAAGCAGGUGGAAUCGGAGGAGCAAUUUAUUCAGCGAAUAAUGAUGGUGGUAUCGCUUAUUUCUCAUCAACAACAGGUAAUAAGAAUUUCACAUUAAUGGCAACAACUAUCAUAAGUUCAUCAGCAGAUUCUGGUAAAGGGGGAUUAGUAUUCUCAUUAGGAUAAGAUCUUACUGCAAACUUCUUAGAAUAAACUAAUAUAAAAGACUCCUAUGCUAAUUAAGGAUCAUUGAUCUACUCAGAAAACUCAAAAACUGUAAUGGGUAUUAAGGAAGCUAUUAUAAAUGGAACUAAAUCAACAGGUCAAUGCUCUGGAAUACUUUUAAAUAAUUAAAAUUCAGUGGAUAUUAGCAUCACCCAAAACUCUCAGAUAUAUAACUUGACAUCUGCCUUAAGUGGUGGAUUAAUGUACAUUAAUGCUGCGAGUAUUUCUCUUAAUGUACUAAACUCUAACAUUUCAUCGGUUAGUUCAUAGUUAAAAGGAGGAGUUAUUUAUAUUAGUUCAAUGGCAAAUAUGAUGACUUUCAAUAUAGAUAAUUCUUAAUUCACAGGUAUGUCAUCAUUCCAAGAGGGUUCUGUAGCUUAUAUUAACGGUACAGCAACAUCAGAUAUCCAAUUCACUCUACAAAAUUCACUUUUUAACAUUAGAAGUAUUGCAAUGUAUUAGAAUUGGCCAACUAAUUAUAAUACAAUGCUUUCUAAUAUUGAUAAUGAAGUCGAUAGAGUUGGAGGUCUAUUUUAUUUUGAUAAUUCAGUUGGAGGUAGAGUGAUAGCUAACAACAAUAUAUACAGAGAUUGCUACAAUACUCUUACUGGAUCAACAUUUUAUGUUCCCUAGAGAGUAUUGUUACAAGAUAACUCUUCAUUGUAUAAAGGUAAUGGUGGCUACAAAGGAGUAAUAAGCCUCAAUGGAACACUAGUUUAAUUAAAUAAUGUCACAUUUAUUGACUCUGUCUCUAAGUAUGGGUCUAUUAUUCACAUUAUCAAUAACGGAUCUAUCGAAUUCACCUUGCCAACAAUGCUCUAUGGUAAAGCUAGAUUUUAAGGAGGAGCAUUUUAUGCAGAAGGAAAAGGACCAGUCAUUAUCAAUAUAGUUGACUGUGUUGGACUCAUCAGUUACUUUGAAUCAAAUAAAGAUGGAGGAUUUUUAUAUACAGAUAACAUAGACCUCUCCUUAAACUUCACUAAUUGCACAAUGAAUAAUAUCUUUGCAAAGCAAAAUGGAGGAUUCAUCUAUAUUAAGUCGCUGAAUUAUGCUAAUUUCACAUUGGCUAACUUUUAGAAUAUUUCUAGUAACGGCAUUGGAACAUUGAUUUAUUCUGAUCAACCUGGACCUAAAAUUAGAAUUCAUAAUUCGACAUUUUAAUGCAGUGCUAAUUACAACUCAGCUUAAAUUAAUGCGGAUGUAUACAACAAUCGGACAACUUUAGGUUCAUUAUUUUAUGUGAAAAAUGCUGAUUUAUUUGAAUCUGUUGGUAACACUUUCCAAAAUUGCUAUACUCAAUCAUAAGGUGCUAUAUUUAACUUAGACUCUACUAUUUUCACAGAUCAAAGUUCAAUAUACAAAAACAACGCAGCUUUAUAGGGUGGAGCGUGUAUGCUUACCAAUAUGACCGCUCAUAUUAAUAAUGCAACAUUUACUCAAUUAAUUGCUUGGUCUGGAGGUGCAUUUUACUUCAAUGGACCAAACAAAUUAUACAUGCAGGAUUUAACUGUAGACUAUGUAGAAAGCUUUGGUGAUGGCGGAUUCAUGAGCAUAAUUGAUCCUGAAAAUACAAUGCUAAUAGAGAUCAAGGGAAAAGUGUCAAUUACUAAUGUUGCUAGUAGAUUGUAAAAUGCUGGAGCCUUCUAUAUAAACGCUCCCAAAGCUACACUCAGUUUAUUAGAGAGCGUCAUUGUUUAGAAUUCGUCUUCGAAAUUCUAUGGAGGGUUUAUGCAAAUAAAAGAUGCUCAAGAGAUAAAUAUAGUAAAAUCCUUGUUUUUAAAGGUGAAAACCUAUAGGCUAGGUUCAUUCAUUUACUCUGAAUCAUCGAUCGCAAAUAUCAACAUAAAUUAAAGUACUUUUGAUUUAUAGGGAAAGUCAACAAUUGCAAGUGAUAGAAUUUACCUUACUUAAAGGACAUUUGUAUAUGCCUGUGCAUUCUAUCUAAAGAAUUUGCCGAUGCUAAUAGCAAAGAAUAAUACUUACAAAAAUUGUUAUGCUAUUGACUAUGGUUCAGUAUACAGACUUGAGAACGCUACAAUCAUUGAUGAUGGCUCAUUCUUCUUGGGGAAUGCUGCAGUAUAUGGAGGAAACAUGCAUUGUAAAAGUUGCAAUGCUACAUUUAAAAAAUCAGUGUUUGAAAAUACUCAAGCGAAUUAAGGAGGAUUGUUAUUUAUAUAGGAUAAGGCGAAUGUUUAUUUUGAAAAUUUGCAGGCUAAUUCUUGCUACUCAAUCCAAGGUGGAGGGUUUUUGUAUGCAAAGCAAAGCAUAUCAGGCCAGGCAGCAUCCGUUAAGUUAACAAAUUUCGCUAAUCUAACUGAUAUACUCUCUGAAAAUAGUGGUGGAUCAUUCUACAUAGAUCACCCAUUAUUCGAUAUCGACAUUAAUGAGCCUAUAUCAAUAGUAAAUACCAAGGCGCUAAGUGGAAGUGGAGGAGUGUUUAAUAUUGUUCGAGCAAGAAAUAUUACAAUAUAGAAUUCAGUUUUUAGAGACUAUUCAUCAACUACCUUUGGAUCUUUCCUCUAUUCAUAAUCCCAGGUCGCAGUCAUUUACUUGAUUAAUAACUCCAUCAGCGGAUAAACUGAACGAUUUACUGAAUUCAGUGAAUUUAUCUCAAGCUACACCAUAGGUGGUUCAAUAUAUGUUUCCAAUGCUUAGAAUAAGAUUAUCUCAGCCAGAAAUGUUUUUGAAAACACUUUUAUAGCAAACUAAGGAUCUAUUUUUACACUGAUCAAUUCCGUCCUUGACGAUACUGGAUCUACCUAUUAAUACAAUAAGGCUAGAUUUGGAGGAGUUAUAUAUUGUGACUAAUGCAACUUAAAUCUCAAAAGCUCAAUAUUUGAGAAUAACUAAGCUUAUCAAGGUGGUGUGUUUUACAUCAAAGAUCAUAAAGGAAUAAUGAAUUUGGAUAACAUUACUAUCACUCAUUCAUAAGCCACUUAUCAAGGAGGGGCUUUCUACCUCAUAGGAUAUUCAACAGAAUCUCUAAUUUUUAGAGGAAUGAAGAUAAAUGAUUCAUCAUCCAAGGAUGAAGGCGGCGUUUUUUACUUGGAUCACACAGGUAGAAACAUUCUGAUGGAUGGCCUUAAUAUCUAAAACUGCUACUCACUAAAUUCUGGAGGAAUCAUAUUCGUUUAAACAUAAAUAAGUCUGAACAUAACUAAUUCUUAAUUUCAUAACUUCACUUCAUACCUUUAAGGUAGUAUGCUAUAUUCUGACUAUGAAUAAUUAGAACUUAUAAUGGCUAAUAACACUAUCACAUGCGUGAAAGACCCCUAUGACUUCUCAAAAGAUCUUGAAGGCAGGAUAGAUUUAAUCAUUCCUACUUCGACAAGAUCAGGUACAUUUUAUUUAAGAUAUGCUAAAAUCAUAGAAGCCAACAAUAAUACAAUAUAAAACUGUUAUCUCGCAGAUAAAGGAGCUGCAUUCUAUCUGUUUUAAACUUAGAUGAAAGAUGUAAACUCAACUUAUAGAUACAACUCAGCUAUUUAGGGGUCUGUAUUCUUUUUAGAUGAAACUUCACUGGAAAUAGAUGGUGAUAAAAUCAAUAACUCAUUCGCUUCUGCUGGUGGCGUAAUAUAUGUGAAUCAAUUUUCACCUUUGAGCGUCUCUAAUUCUGUAUUUGUAUAUAAUUAGGCGCUAAAGUAUGGAGGAGUAGCUCACAUUAGCUAGCCAGUCAAUCCUACUAUCUAAACUACAAUGAAAUUUUCUCAUACAUCAAUAAGUGGAUCACAUUCUGGAAUGCAAGGUGGAGUGUUCUAUAUAGACUCAAAUGAAUUGAGUCUAAUUGAUAUGAAUGCAAUCGAUAUAAACAACUCAACAACUACUUAGUCUGGAGGUGUUUUCAGCAUCAAUGCAUUAGAUGGAGAAUUACGUUUCAGAUCUGAUGACCCUAAUAAGAAGAGCAUAAUGUCUGUUUUUGCAGCUGAAAAUUAUGGAUCAUGCAUAUAUUCAGUCGCUACCAAUUUAAAGCUAAACAUAAGCCAGACCAUUGUCCAAGGCAAGCUGACUUACAAUAGGGACAGUGUCAGAUCAAGGCUUUCAGCCUAGACUUCAAAUUUUGCUGGAGCUAUCUACAUCUCAGGUUCUACAAAAGGAAUAUUCUCAAACUAUAAUGAAUAUAGAAACUGUUACAUCGGUUCUAUCGGAGGAGUCUACACUUUGAUAUCAAUCACAAUGAUAGAAAUAGGAUCUACUUACUUCUAAAAUGCUGCUGUAGGAGGUGGAGCAAUCAAGUGCGAUAGCUGCAUUCUCAAAAUCAGCAAAGCAUCCUUUAGCUCUAAUCAAGCAUAUAGUGGUGGAGCAAUCCUUUUGGAUAAUUAAGCAUAAGUGAACAUAUCAUAAACAUCAAUGACUUACAACUAUGCAGAAUAAAAAGGGGGAGUUAUCAACAUUAUAAAGUCUGGAUUAGGAGCGAUCUCAAAUCUUUGGCUCGAAAUUUCUGACUGUAUUGAAACCUAAUUCAACUAUGCCAACCAGGGAGGUUUCUUAAGCACUGAGAAUUAAUAUGUCACCAUUAACAUAUACAAGACCAAUAUUUACACUGUAACAGCUGUUGAAUAUGGUGGGAUGAUCAACAUAGUAGAUGCUGCUAGGAUCAAUAUUGUAAACUCAAGACUGUCUGAUUCAGUUGCUCCGGUGGGGGCUACUAUAUUUUCUACUUCGACAGUUGUAGAAAUAUAUCUCUACUCCAACUACGUCGAAUGCCAGCCUAAUUUCGAUCCUCUUGAACUUGGAACAUAUUUGGACCUAGUUGAGCCCAAGUAUCAGCUACAGUCUAACUUUAUGAUAAGAAAUGCUAAAUUGCUGCUAUCUGAAGCAAAUGAAUACUAUAAGUGUGGCAUUACUAACUUUGGUGGAGUAUUCACCCUGUAAUAGACUAAUUUCAAUGAUACUAAGUCUUAUUAUCAUCUUAAUGCUGGAGCCCAAGGAGGAAUCAUCAAUUGCUAAGAAAGUAAUGCAUCGUUUGUGGGCACAGUCUUUGACAAAAACUAUGGAAAUGUUGGAGGAGUGAUCUCAAUCAACCAAAAUUCUUAUCUGUAUAUUCAUUCCUGCUCCUUUACCAAUAAUUAUGCAUACGCAUCAGCUGGAGUCAUUUAUGUGAGUACCGAAUCCUACUUCACAACAAUUAAUACUAUCUAUACAAAGAAUUAUGCCCCAGAAACAGCAACCAUUCAAGUGCUUGGAAGUAGUCCAAUCGCUAACAACACAAUUCUUAACUGUAAUUUUGAAUAUAACACAGCAGAUAAAAAUACAAUCUCGCUUAUGUACUCCAAUACUUACAUCUCCAAAUCAAGCUUUGAAAACAAUAAAGCAACAAUCAGAUCUAAAAACAUAUUCAUGGGUUUUUCAAACGUGCAAAUAUACGAUACUAAAUUUUCAAAUGCAUACGAGACCAGAAAGGACAAGUACUCAGCAAUCAGUGACUCUGCAAUGGGCACUUACUUCUUUAUUAUUUUCGAUGUAAACCUAAUCGUACAGUCAUGCUAAUUCUAAAACGGAAUUGCAAACCUAGGAGGUGCUAUCUAUAUAUCUGGAGAUAGUGACAUUAGAAUCUAUAAUUGUAAAUUCCAAGAUAAUUAUGCUGCUUCAUAUGGUGGUGCAAUCUAUGCAGUUGGCUUCAACAACCUAAUUAUUGCAGAGAGGACCUCUUUCAAGUAGAACCUUGCUCCAGAAGCCGGAGAUGAUAUUUAUGUUUCCAACACAGACUCAAACCUAACUAUUGAAAAUGUGGAUAUGACGAAUCCAAAUGCUAAGAAUUCCAUCUAUGCAGAGCAAGUCAGCUUGCAUAUGUACAAGACUACAAUGAAUAAAGUUUAAAACGAAAAUAGUAAUCAAGGUGCUGGAAUUUAUUGCUUGAAUUGUAGAAAGAUCAAUAUAUCUUACAGCACUUUUAAAAGUUUGAGUAGCGAGUACGGAGGAGCCAUAUACAUUGAGGAAAAUGAAGUAAACAAGAAGACAAUUGACAAAUAUGGAAAAUAUAUGAUAUCUGAAUCAGUCUUUCAGAGUAAUUAAGGUCUAGUUACAGGAGGGGCAAUUUAUCUUAAUAACCCUUAGUACUUCACUCUCAACAAUACUUAAUUCAUUAGCAACUCAGUAUACUACUCAAAAUCAGCAGCUCAGCAGUUAAUAUCAGGGGCUGGAGGAGCAAUUUAUUACACUUGUGAUGAGCAACUACUAAAUUGCAAAUUUGACUUGAUUAAUAAAAAUAAGUUUACUAAAAAUACUGCUGAAAUCAAGGGAGGUGCUAUCUACUGGGAUGUGAUAGAACCAAUUUUCAAGUCUUCAAAUGUGCAAAUGGACAGUAACUAUGCUAAUAAAUACGGUGACGACAUCUCUUGCUUUUCCUAGAACCUAAAAGUAAUAAACUGGAAUACUUAUUUGAAACAAAUGGUCAAGGCAGGAUUGAAAAGCAAUGAUGAUGAAGAAAGUUUAGCGAGAAGACUAUUGAUUGAGGAGAUAAAUCAGAGGAAACUAACAGAUGGAGUGCUUAAAGAGAAUAGCACUACAGUUAACAGUCUUAGAAGUGGAGGAGUUAUUCCUAGAAUAUAUCUGGCUCAUGUUGACAAAUAUGGGCAGAUAGUGGGUUCAGAUUCAUCUAGUAAAGUCAGAGUAACAGUUAACCAAAGUGCUAAUACAUUGGAAAAAGCAAAUGAAUACCCACCUGUUAUCGAAGGAGAUACAUAGUUUAUUGCAGUAUCAGGAAUGAUUAUUGCUAGAGAUUUGAUAUUCACAGCAACUCCUGGGUACAAGUUCAGCAUAUCCUUCUCUACUGAUGGCAUUGAUAUGACUAAGCAGUCGAACAUUCAGUAUCUAAAGCAAAUUGGAUCUAAUAGCAAAUCAUUAGACACGGACAUAGUAAUAGAGGUCAGAGGUUGCUCAUUAGGGGAGCAAUUUACAACAGCAGGCAAAUGUGUUCAAUGUCCUGAAGGAGAAACCUACUCUUUGGAAAUCAUGACUAAGCCUGGGGAUUGCGCUACUUGCCCUUUGGACAAAGCAGUAUGCAAUGGAGGUCAGAAUAUAGGUCCCAAGCAAGGUUAUUGGAGAAGGUCAAAUUCAUCUUCAACCUUCAUUAGAUGUCUUUACGAAGCAGCUUGUCUUGGUAUGGUUGAGCCUGAAAAUAACCCUAUGGGAUCAUGUGCUGAGGGCUACCAGAAGAUUCUAUGCGCUGAUUGCAUCGUUGGAUUUUCAAGGAAAAAUGAGUACGAAUGCGGUAAAUGCCCAGAUCAAACUUCAAACAUAGUAAGAAUAGUGUUUGUGUUCCUAGCUAUGAUUGUGGUCGUCGUCUUCGUUGUGAGGUCUACUCUUCAAGGAGCCAAGGAGACAGGCAAUAUCACAGGUAUAUUCUUCAAGAUUUUGCUGAACCACAUCUAACUUAUAAUGCUGACGGCGUCUUUCAACUUCAACUGGCCAGCCUAAGUCAUGGCGUUCUUUGACACAUCGAAGCCUGUAGCUGCUGUCUCAACGUAGAUUCUGAGUUUUGACUGCUUCUUAGACUUGAGAACGUCGAAUGCCUAGUUCACAGGAAACAAGGCUCCAUUCUACGACAUGAGAAUAUUCUUCUAGAAACUGGUGAUGCUCGGUAUACUGCCCUUCGUUUGUGCUCUGGCUACAAUUAUCUUCUGGAGAGUUUUCAAAAUAAUCAAGAAGACUGAGAUUGGCAUCAGAUCAAGGCUGAUCUCCACAAUGGUGAUCGUGCUUUUCUUGAUUCAUCCUAGCAUCGUACAAUAUAUGUUCUUAGACUUCAAAUGCAUGGACAUUGAGGAUGAGUCUAGAGUAGUGAGUGACUUGGAGGUAAUCUGCUGGAGUGCUCAGCAUAGAAUCCUCAGUUUCUUUGUAGCUAUCCCAAGUAUCAUAGUCUGGGGUUUGGGAAUCCCAGCAUUUGCCCUUUUGAUGAUGUACCAAGUCAGCAACAACUUGUCAAGCAUCGAUUCCAAAGAAAGAUAUGGAUUUUUGUUCAGAGGCUACAAGGAAGAAUUCUACUUCUGGGAGAUUCUCAAUAUGUACAGAAAAAUGACGCUCAUUUUCAUUGCUGUCUUUGUCAAGAACAUCGGAGUCAUUGCCUAAGCUCUUAUAGUAUUCGUUAUUCUGAUUGUGUAAGUUUACUCUAUGUUUAAAAAAUGCUCUUAUAGAUUCUUGAUUGUCAACUUGAAGAAAAAGCCAUACAUCACAAUAGAACUAAAUAAUUUGGAAUUGCUCUCACUUGUCACUUCGAUGAUUACUGUUUACUGCGGACUCUUCUUUAUUGCAGAUAAGCCUGCAGACUGGAUUAAAGAAAAUCCUGAAUACUCGUAAGGCUCUAUAGCACUGAGUGACAGCUCAAUGCUGGUGCUCUUCAUCAUCAUAGUGAUUGCCAAUCUCAUCUUCCUUGUUUACUGGCUAUUUUGCAUGUUCAAUGAAAUCAGACUAAAGAUAAGAAAUAAGUUCCCUAAAAUCUAUCUAGUACUGUGCUUAUGCUUCAACACUGGUAAAUUCGCAAGUGAGCUGCUGAAACUGUAGCAGAAAACAAAAGAUGACGAGAUCAAGCAGGCUUUCCUGAAGAGAAUCAAAGAACUCAAGAGAAUGUACAACUAAGGUAAACUGAUACUAAAUGAAAACACACUUGAGAAGCUCCAGGUUCAUCUUGAUCCAAAGAGACUUAGAGCGAUUGCACAAGGAAAGAAAGAGUAUAUUGAUCCUAUGAACAAAAAGAGAUAAGUAAGAGUGUAGAUAGAUCUGCAGCAGCAAAAGCAAUUCUAUUCAAAGGUUCAUGAUUUACAAAAGGUGGGACUUAACUAACCAAUUGAAACCCAAAACCAUGAGGACUCUAUGGAGAAGGAAAAGAAGAGAAUCAGAGAAGACAAGAAGAAGACGCCAAAGAAGAAUAAAGCAUCUAAAGCAGUUAGUAAUAACAAUUACACAAGUAUCAGAGAUGGGCUCAGCAGUGCCAAGACUAUGGCAUCUAGAGAAAAACAAGAUAAUAUCAGUAUUAACAUUGACAAUGGCUUCCUAGAUGACACUAUGGAGAAGAUGCAGAGGAAAAAUAAAAAGUCUCAACUCUUUGAUCGAUUCAAAACUAAGAACAAGAAGUCUAAAGCUGUCUUAGAACAUCAAAGCACUGGCCAUUCAAUGCUCUACUUGAAUAAAAAUAAUGACGACUUUGAUAGUCAAAUCAUGACUAAUCGUAAUAAAUUGUCAACUAAUGGAGAUCUAUUGGUGGAUGAUGAUGAUGUAACUGGUAACGACUAUGACACUGAAAUGGAAUAUCAAGAAAUUGAAGACUAUGCUCACUACGAAGAGUAAGUAGAGUAACUGAAGCGACUAAACGAGAAGGCUAGGUAUAUGGGAUAUACAGACAGUAUAAUUGAUGUUAAAAAAGUAGAUGAGAAACUAAAAGAGCAAGAAAAAAAAGAGAAAAUUAAAAUACAGGGACUAGAGCCAGAAAGACUACUGGAAGCAUUACCCGGUCUAAGUGAUUCCAUUCAUAGAGAGCUCGAAGUUCAUGAAAUAUCAGAAGACAAUCCACAAGAAAGCGAAAAGAGUGUGCAUGUUACGCAAGUCUUAGAGGAUGAUUCAAAUAACAUUAGUGAAGAACUUGCUUAGCUAUCUAACGUGAGAAAAUCAGCUAAUGAGAUCAGCAGUUUUGGAUAGGCUGAUAAUAAUCUCGUAGCCCAUAGAAGUAUGAUGCCAGAUGGUAUAAGAUAAUCAGAGCUUGUCUAAAAGCAAGUGAGAAGUGCUUAGGGAGCAAAAAGAUAAAAAAUCCGUCAAAUUACUAAGAAGGAGGCAGUUAAGAAGAUACUUGAGGAGGAACAUCAGAGAAUACUGCAUGAAAAGAUCAGUUAAGCCUAAGUUAAGAGACCUAAAUUAAAGAGGAAAUAGACAUUGGUAGUGUUUGAUGAAGAGGCUAACUUAGAGACAAUAGAACACCUUAAAAAGAUCAAUGAAGAGGAGGAGCUUAAACGUGAAGAGGAAAAAUAAAAGAAUCAGAUUGAAGAACCCUAUGAUUAAAUUAUGACUGAAAACUUGGAAACUAAUAGACCCUUGACACAAAAGCAUGAGACAAAAUCAAAGGUAUCAAAACCAAGUAGAGGGGUUUCAAGAAAUACUGAGAAGAAGGUUGAAGUUAGCGAGAUGAAAGACUCGCUUGAUUUUGAUGAUAUGGAGUACUAUAUAGGAGGCCAAGACUCUUUCAAAUCAUUUAAGUAGUCCUCAAUUAGCUAAUCUGUGAAAAGAUUCUUACAAAAGUCUAUUCUAGGAACGAAGGACAAGAAGUAGCAAUGA